AUGACUUACGACAUGUCUCGUUUACCUUCUGAUAUAGCUGUUAGUAAAUCUUGGAUGACUUGGCAUACACAAAAUUUGGAUGAUUUUAAACAACAACUAGGAUUGACUGUAGCUCAAGAUGAAAUUAUUAGACGAUUUGUUCGAGCUAUUUUCUAUACUUAUUUGCCUUUAACUGUUGGUGGAACUGAAUUAAUUACUAAAAGAAGGGGAAAUGUUGUUUAUGUGACUGGUUUUCUCAUACCAAAAGGAAAUAUGGAACAAAUUUAUUGGCUUUAUGGAUUUACUGAAGAAAUUUUAUCUAAUUUGUUAAAACAGCCAGUUAAAUUAGAACUUCAAUUUAUUCGAAGUGCUGAUGAUUUAGCUGUGGAAUAUUUUGUUCAGCCAACCACCACACCUUAA